UCUCUCUUCUGCUCUCUCUACUAUGUAGCAAUAAAUGACCAACUGAUUCAAGUUUUCCUUUCACUUUCCGAUUUUGUGAAUGGAAACUUUGCUGGUAAAUUUCUCAAAGCUAUUGUCUUAUCUGGUUUUUUAUUUGAUUGCCUUCAAAGUUUAUGACACCUUCGAGUUUAAUGGGGUGGUUCAAUGGUGGUGAGUAUGCGCGUAUUGAGGAGUUAUCUUCCCCAAGGGAAAAUCACACAAGGAAAGUCUCUGUUCUUCCUCUAGUAUUUCUCAUCUUCUAUGAGGUUUCUGGGGGACCCUUUGGAGUUGAGGACACUGUGCAUGCAGCAGGUCCUCUAUUAGCCCUUUUGGGGUUCUUGGUUUUUGCAGUCAUAUGGAGUGUUCCUGAGGCUCUAAUUACUGCAGAGAUGGGUACAAUGUUUCCUGAGAACAGUGGUUAUGUGGUUUGGGUCUCUUCUGCCCUGGGUCCCUUUUGGGGUUUUCAGCAAGGUUGGAUGAAAUGGCUUAGUGGGGUGAUUGACAAUGCUCUGUACCCAGUGCUAUUUCUUGACUAUUUGAAAUCUGGAAUCCCUGCAUUGGGGGGUGGGGUUCCCAGAAAUAUUUCAACUUGGGCCUUAACUGUGGUUCUCACUUGCGUGAACUAUAGGGGUUUAACCAUUGUGGGAACUGUUGCUGUUUUUUUAGGUGUUUUCUCACUCCUUCCUUUUGUGGUCAUGGGAUUCUUGUCAAUUCCAGACUUGAAACCUUCAAGAUGGUGUGUGGCAAAUCUUGAUGAUACUGAUUGGAAUCUAUAUUUGAAUACUUUGUUUUGGAAUCUCAAUUAUUGGGACUCUAUUAGUACUCUUGCAGGAGAAGUGGAAAAUCCAAGGAGAACUCUUCCCAGGGCUCUAUUUUAUGCUUUGAUCCUUGUAGUUCUGAGCUAUUUCUUCCCUCUUUUGAUUGGCACCGGUGUUGUUCCUCUCAACAGGGAGUUAUGGACUGAUGGGUACUUCUCAGAUAUUGCUGAGAUUGUUGGAGGAGUGUGGUUGAGGUGGUGGCUUCAGGCUGCUGCUGCAAUGUCAAACAUGGGAAUGUUUGUUGCUGAAAUGAGUAGUGACUCUUUCCAGCUUCUAGGAAUGGCUGAGAGGGGCAUGUUACCAGAGUUCUUUGGCAAGAGGUCUCGUUAUGGAACUCCUAUAAUAGGAAUACUGUUUUCUGCAUCUGGUGUUAUUUUACUCUCAUGGCUGAGUUUUCAAGAGAUUGUGGCUGCUGAAAAUUUCUUGUACUGUUUUGGGAUGAUUUUGGAGUUUGUAGCAUUCAUAUUGUUGAGGAUCAAGCAUCCAAACGCAUCUAGACCUUACAAAAUUCCUGGGGGAAUAGCUGUAGCAGUUGCUAUCUGCAUUCCUCCCACAAUUUUGAUUUUUGUUGUGCUGGCUUUAUCCACCAACAAAAUACUGCUUAUAAGCCUCAUUGCUGUAGUGAUAGGCCUUGUGAUGCAACCUUGUCUCAAGAUUCUGGAACAAAGGGGAUGGCUUAAAUUCUCAGUUAGGUAUGAGCUCCAGGAUCUUCACAAUCAAAACAGCAUUCCCUCCUUUGUGGGUUAGAGUUGUCUAGUGGAAAGAAAAGUAUACUUAAUGAGCAGAAUCUGAAUUUGAAAUGCAUUUUGUCUGGCUACA